CCAACGGCCAACAACAAGCUGCCCUGUUCAAUGAUCCGUCACUCAAUCGAAAGAAGUGUGGGAACAAGACUGGAGACACGCAUCUUGCGGAACAACGACCACAACCACAGCCCCGGCAGCUUUCCGUCACAGCUCUGUUCAGACAUCCCCACACGGUUCUGGGAUUGUCAAGGAAGACCAGCUUGAUCUGUAUCAUCUUCAACCUUACCCAGUAAGCAACGUCUGUGUUCUGCACGAAACCAUGCAUCUUUACAGAGAAAAUAUUGACGUAGGCGCACAAUCAGCAUCUUCAAAGCAGGUCUGACCAAUUCUGGAUAUCGUUUGCAGCACACGCUGCUUUGCCGUCAGUCCGCCCCUCCCCGCCUGGAAGGGUGCAGCUUGCAUCUCUCAUGACAGACAUCGACAAGGACGGGAAAUGGCUUAAGCGUCCCGUUGCACCUUGUCACUUUUGGCAUCUGCCACACACACAUGCAGUCACUCUUGGCCUGGGGGCUAUUACCCAUCGGAUGAGCAGCGAGCCGACCAUCGGGCUGCCAGAUAUGGGCUUCCAGACUUCCGGCACGGUCCGGACGGAGGGGCCAUCAGGGGGUCUUCUUCGAAGGUAUGCAAUGGACCCUGCUUAGAUAUCUCGGAAACCCAAUUCAAACAGACAUGAUCGCUUUCCGGUCAAGCCUUGCCGCAAAAUGUGAUGCAUCGACUCGGCAUCUCUAUCACCAACAGAACGAGAUCGAUGGACCAACCGCAUAUCUUGUUCAGACGUACCUCGGACCCUUGGAUCCGUUCCACACUGGCAUCUUUGGGAUGGUUCUGCUUUCUCCCAUUUGUUCAGAGAUGCUGGACUUGUCACUAGGACCCGUCGGCAAGGACGCUCCCGGGCCUAUCGUGUGUUCAUCCAGCGUUUGUGAAGCCAUCCACAACCAUGGAAUACCGGGUGGGCCCCACACACUUCACCUUCCGCCGGACCCCAUCCGCCUUCAUGUUCACCUUCAACUUCACCUUCUGAUUUCUCCUCUUGGACCCCACUCGCUCUUCAUUCACUAGAAUGGAAAAUGGGGGCCGGCUUCGUAUUCUAGUACCCGUUCCGUGGCGAACCCAAAAACUGUCUUUCGCCGAGCUUCCCGUACUGUUUUCUUCCCUUCUUCGUGGAUAUAUACCGCUCGUGUACGACACUGGAUGACGGGAACUGGGAAGCAAGAGCCUCUUUGUGCUUCCCUGUAUCUUUACCAACUGCGGCCUUGUUUUCCACCUCGUUUCACUUGUGGAUCUGAUUGCAUUUGCUACUUGGGACUUCACCCUAGGGUAAAGUCUGAAUCAAAUCACUCUUGGAUAUCUUGUCACACAACACCCUCCUGUUCACCCUGGGACCCGUCUCGUCUCGUCCUCCCCCCUCUACCACGACAUGUUUACAAGAACCUCUGCUCGCUUCGAGCUUCUCUCUCAGAUCCUCCAAUGUCUCAGACUCACACUCAGACAUUUGACAGACAAUGUUCCCAGAGUCCGUUUGCCAUUGCGAAUGUUCAGGAGAGAUACCGAAGAAAACAGCACCGACAGAUGGGAACAUUGCACCCGCCUCAUACGCAAGCGGAUGCGUGACAUCUUCUGGGUCGGGGUGAUUUACCUCGCUAGCGAAUUGCUCAUAUGGAGUCUCUUCCUGGGUCUGUACGAAGUCCGACUUGACUACCUGUCACCCAUCAUUGGCAUGGUGGUGGUGUUCUGUUUCAUGUUCGCGAUUUCAUACCUUUGUCCAGGGUCAGAAAGCUUCUACCACCGCCAUAUCAAGAACAAGGUCGACUUCAUCAACAGCAACUUGGGCAUUGGCUUUCCAGUGCCCAUCGUCAUGAUUACUAAGGAUAGACUGCUUGGCGGUAAGGGCAUUGGAAGGGUAAUUGGUAAUUUUGUGAACACCAACGUCGUCUUUUGGGUAUUGAUCUUCCUGCUCUCUUGGGGCAUUCUCGCCGGGAUCAUCAGAAUUCCAGCCUUUUACCUUCGCGAAUCUGAAAAGAGAAGCGACGUUGACACUGAAGACGACCAACCAUGGCACUCCGGCGGGCAGGAUAUUCCCACACCACGCAUCCAGAUGCCCCCUCCAACCCUCAGCCGCAGGCCGUCCGAGUCAACGACCCUACACGGAACCACGAUCAACGGAUACCAUACCGAUAAGGAAGCGGGACUGGGUCCAGAUUCGAGGACCGUCUCGGCUUACUUCACCGAUAGUGACUGCCCGACCCCUGUCCCACCUCCGAGCCCACUGGGCCACCAUCAAGAUCGGACAUCGCUUUCCAGUUCGCAGCAGCCCCAAGUCUCGAGCGGAGAGGGUACCCAAAGGUUCAGCUGGUUCAAGGAGUGCUACCCAGUCAUUCUAUCGAUCUGGCUCUUACUCACCGUAGGCAUCCCUGUCUCGUACGCCCUAGGCGAUGACCGCAUCCUCGACGGGUGCAUGCUGUGGUUCACCUGGAUCAGCAGCACGAGACUGCAGCGCAAUUUUGGACGCAGCGACAUCCUCUCCAGCGUACAAGGGCUCAAGACGACAGUCACGACACUGCUUAACCCGGUCCUACUGAUGACCCUCGGCAUGAUAGCCUACACUCGUGCCAAAGCCGCCGCCACGGAUACACCCAUCAACAAAACGCUGUCCCAAUUCUCGCGCGGUAGGACUCUCUCCCUCAUCUGGACCUCAAAGGUGUCGGGAUCUUACCUCUCGAGCGACUGGUUCGGUGCCGGCGACGCGGCCAUCUCGAUCCUUGAGGUCGGCUUCGUUGUCUGGGGGUUCAAGCUCUACGAGUGUCGGAAGCAAAUCUGGUCUCGCGCCGGCGCAGCCGUGGUUGUUCUUUCGGCAGCCUUUGCGGCACUCAACGUCUUUGUGUCCGUCCUGCUCGGCAGAGCGGUUGGUCUCGGGCCUCGUGAGGCGCUCUCCUUUGCAGCGCGCUGCACAACGCUGGCGCUGGCGCGACCUGCGAUAGAGGCGGUCUAUGGGAACGAUGUCGUCACCGCGGCACUAGUAGUGAGCAACGGCAUACUGGGACAGCUGAUGUACCCGUUCAUGCUGAGGAAGCUGGGGUUUGACUCGACUCAAGAGUCGCACAUUGACGUGGACGAAGAAGAAGAUGAGAAACCGAGAGACGAUGCGCUUACCAUCGGGGUAGGGACGGCGAUUGGCAUCAACGGCGCGGCCAUGGGCGUCUCAUAUCUCUAUGAGAGGAAGAGCCGGGCUGCGCCUUAUGCUGCUCUCUCGAUGACCGUGUUUGGGAUCUUUACUGUCGUCUUCAGUGCGGUCGAACCGUUUACGACUACCUUGAUGAAGCUUGCUGGCAUGGGACCGGACAGACUCCCGUAUGGCGAGGUAUCUUGA